CUCUCUUUCUCUCUCAUUGCAUGGACUUCAUCCUAGUGCACCAUUAGAACAGAUGCGUUCCAGUUUCUCCGUCUCUCUCUCUCUCUCUGACUGCGUUCACUUCCUUACUUUCACCCCUCCCUCCCUCUCGAGUUCUCUCCUCCUCUACAUCCUCGAUCUCUCAGCAGCAGCAGUUUGUGUCCUGAGAGAACUGGCACCAAACUGACGCAUCCAUGGGGCGCGCGCUGCAUCUUUAUUUCACCACAUUACAAUUUGAAGUCAUAUAGGGUAAAAAUUCACGUCAACGCAGCAAACACACACUAGAGUCGUUCGGCGUUUCAUCUUCCGGCUUAAAACUCUCAAUCGCACCAUAUCUGUGACAUUUGUAGCUGUGUUGAGCUGUGGUGAUGGAUGGGGAUGCGUGUGUUCGCGUGUGGACUCGACCGCUGCAAGUGAUGCUCCAGCAGAAGAAGAUCAAAGCGCGGAGGAAAAAGCGUAAGGAGUUGUUCGGAGGACAGAUGUGCUUCAUGGGGUUGCUGCUGCUGGCGGUGUCCGGCUUGUCCAGUUUGGCCGAGAAUUCCGGUUAUGGCAUCUCCAGUCUCUCAACUGAAGAUAGUGAGAGGUGGGAAAGCCGCAGGCUGCUGCAGGACUUUGACAUUGACAGCAACUACACUGAUGAAGUGCAGGUUGGGCCCAAUGCUGAAAAGAACUGCACACCACCAGGUGUACAUGAGUUCCCUGAUGAUAUCUUCACCAACCAGGAGCGAAUGGAGGGGGCUGUAGCCUUGCAUGUUCUGUGUGCCAUGUAUAUGUUUUACGCACUGGCACUGGUGUGUGAUGACUACUUUGUGCCCUCUCUGGAGAAGAUCUGUGAGCGCCUCCAUCUCAGUGAGGAUGUAGCAGGAGCCACGUUCAUGGCAGCAGGAAGUUCAGCUCCUGAACUCUUCACCUCGGUUAUAGGUGUAUUUAUCACUAAAGGAGAUGUGGGAGUGGGCACAAUCGUGGGUUCUGCUGUCUUCAAUAUCCUCUGCAUCAUCGGAGUGUGUGGGAUAUUUACUGCACAGGCAGUACGGCUCUCGUGUUGGACGUUAAUGAGAGACUCAGCAUACUACACUAUCUCAGUGACCACUCUGAUCGUGUUCAUCUAUGAUGAGAAGGUGACAUGGUGGGAAUCGCUCAUCCUAAUAGUACUGUACAUGUUUUACAUUAUAUUAAUGAAAUUUAACUCGCGGGUGGUUCAUUACAUCGAGCGGCGGAAAAAGAACUCAGCAAAUCUGGGUAAUGGCACAGCCAGUAACACAGACAUCGACGAUGGGUGCGAUGCCACUGUCGUGCUUCUUAAGAAAGCAAAUUUCCACAGAAAGCCAUCAGUGCUGAUGGUGGACGAACUCUUGUCUGCAUACCCUCAUCAGCUGUCCUUCUCUGAGGCCGGAAUGAGAAUCAUGAUCACCAGCCACUUCUCCCCUCGCACACGCCUCACGAUGGCCUCCAGAAUGCUUAUUACAGAGAGGCAGCGUCUGAUAAACAGUCGUUUCAGUAACGGGGAUUCAGAGGUGACUGUAAAGAUCCCAGGAAAGCGUGGGGUGGAAAAUGGGCUGACAGGACCGGACCGAGGCCUGAAUGGGCGAAAGGGAGGUCACCAUGAUGAUGACAGGGGAGGAGCUGAAGCCAGCACUGACACCGAAAACGAGAAUGAGGACAAUGAAAACAAUGAGAACGAUGAGGAGGAAGAGGAGGAAGAUGACAACGAAGGACCCUAUGUACCAUACCGCUGCCCUGGUGGGGGCUUUAAUAAGCUAAAGUGGCUGCUGGCCUGGCCACUGAGUCUGCUGCUGUUCCUCACCGUGCCCAACUGUUCCAAGCCUCGCUGGGAGCGCUGGUAUAUGGUCUCGUUCAUCUCCUCCACCCUCUGGAUUGCUUUCUUCUCUUACAUCAUGGUUUGGAUGGUCACAGUGAUCGGUUACACUAUGGGCAUCCCUGAUGUCAUCAUGGGCAUCACUUUCUUGGCUGCUGGGACCAGCGUUCCUGACUGUUUGGCCAGUUUAAUUGUCGCACGGCAAGGAAUGGGUGACAUGGCUGUGUCUAACUCCAUUGGUAGUAAUGUGUUUGAUAUCCUGAUUGGACUUGGUCUGCCCUGGACCCUCCAGACUUUAGCCAUCGACUAUGGCUCCACAAUUCACCUGAACAGUAAAGGCCUGAUUUUCUCAGUUGGGCUGCUGCUAGCAUCUGUGUUUCUCACGGUUCUCGGUGUGCAUUUGAACAAGUGGAAGCUAGACAAGCGUUUGGGUUUCAUUUGUUUGCUGAUGUAUGCUGUCUUCCUGUGUUUCUCCAUCCUCAUCGAGUUUAACAUAUUCACCUUCGUCAAUCUGCCCACAUGCCGCGAGGAAUGAGAUGGUUCCUUUUCCCAGCCCUCCCUCCUUGACCUUGUGAGGACAAUGGCACAAGUCCUCGAUCAGAGGCAGACCGGCUCUCGUUCUGAAGGAAUAUUUAUUUAUUGAUCUAGCUGAUCCUUUAUCGAUCCUCUCUUGUUCUUUCCAAAUGGGUGCAAUAUUGACGGAGUCUCUGGAUCUGUGGUGUUACAAGAGGAGAGAGAGGAUGUGUGUGAAGAAUGGUCCCGUUGACUGAUAUAUAGACUGUUCUAACGGGACAGGAACGUGGUAAAUGAAGACUACUGCCUGGUUUGAUGUGAAUACUUUUUUCUUUUUCAAAAUAUUUUGCAUAUUACAUAUAUAAAGAAUAUGAUGUAAAUGUAUUUUAUGAUGGUAUUUGUUUUAUUAGCUGCUAAUUUACUGAAGAAGAGGCUGGACUUAUUAAUGUCGGUAAAAAUAGAGAUUUAUGAGGGUUCGUUAUUUUGCUGAAAGGUACUGGUGACCUCUAGGAAAUACUUGUAUACAGUCUUCUUUUUAAUUUGGGCAUUACCAAGUCGUCACCUUCAUAUUACAAGAAUGAUCUGGACGUCAGGGUCAUUAGUGUCUACAUUUUUCAGAUGAGAAUAUGUUUACGGUGCAGAGGAGGUAAUUUAACCGAAAGGUUUAAAAUCAAAUUUUAGUCAAAAAAGAGAGAAACAGCGGGCAUUUGUUUGCACCUGUGUAGAAACACAUGUUGGAACGCUACUACCAACAUAUUUAUGUUUAGUGAGACAAUAUUCUUGUGUGAUAUAUGGCUUUCUAUAGAUGUGUUUCAGAAUUUUCCUUUCUCUUUAACACUCUGUAUAUACUGAAACAGAGAAAGGUUUAUUUAUUAAUUUAUUGAAAACUAUUUAUGCAUAUUACUUUCCUAUGACGUACUGAAACAAAACCAACCCACAGCUGUCCCAAAGAAGAGACCGUUCUGGAGUUUCAGCCAGGCUGCGCCGUUUUGUCUUUCAGAGCUUAUGUGUCAGCCUUUUCUACUGGAUUCCUUCUCCUUCAUCUCUGAAUAUUAUGCACCCUAUUAGAUGCACCUUUGACUUGAUGCGUAAAACAGUUUCUACUAUUUGAUAUCGGUGUGACAUGACAGAGGUAAUAACUGUAAAGAUUUUUUGAACACUCAAAACACUCAAAGCAAGUAAGGGAAAAUAUAUAGACCGAUAUAUAUUUUAUACUUAAUUGUUGACAUUUAAGAUCGGUCCAUUCCCUUUUUAGAGUGAAUGGAGUGAGUGAGCCACAAACCUAAGAAGCUGAUUAGCAGGAACAUGUCCUGGUAAAAUGAAGCUAAUGUUGAUAAGACUGUUUCAAAGUCAAAGCUUAGAUGCUCUAGAAGAGCUCAAGUCAUUUUUCUCUUAGCAUGCUGCUCUUAUCUUAGAGUUUAUCCAGGAAUUUUGGAAGUAACCUCUCAGCAGAACAAGGAUCAGAAUUCAUUUCCAAGGAUGCAGUUAAUAAUAUGGAUUUUUUUUCAGGAGUUCUCUAUGCUGAUGUGUCUGGGGCUCAUUUCUUGCUCUUCUUUUAGAAGGACUAUUUAAAUACUUUGUUUUGUAUGCCUCUGGUUCUGGGGAUUUGAAAAAGACACCGCCAUAAUGCAUCACAGCUGUAAGCUUUUAACUGUGGCACAAUAUGUGGAUGCGUGGACUUUUUCUCCUAACAGAGGUUUUUUAGUGAGCUGACAAAGUAGCGAUUCUAUGGACUGUUUUAGUCUAACUUAGCAACUUCAUGCAGGUUUUCUAGUCUGAAGGCACAUUGCAGGGAAAUGUUGUGUUUUAUGCACUGGUUGAUACUGCGUGUCUAAUUGUUUGUCAUAUUUUAAGAAUAGAAUUUAGAUGACUUAGAAACAUAUCCGGAAGAGUAUUGCAGCAAAGUAUUUUUUAUCACAAAAGUAACUUUGUAUUUUGUAACGCAAAAUGUUUAGAAAUGUUUUCUGCUUUUAAAAGUCUGUAGAGUGUGCUUCAAGUGAAUCUGCAUAUUCUUUAGAUUAUAAAAACGAAUUUGUCAGCUUACUGUCAGAGUGCUUUUAGCAUGUUUAAAAUCAGAGGUCACACUUUGUAGAGCAUUCUUUUCAAUGAUGUAAAAAAAAAGAAGAAAAAAAGAUAAUUUGUCCCUAGUUUAACAGAUUAUAUUAGCAAAUACAGUAUGAACAUUUGGUUUUCUGUAUCACUCAUAGUAGACAUUGAGGCCUAGUUUACUUUCCAAAAAUGCAACAGCAGGUCUAGGGUUUAAGCAAUGUGAUAUUCCUGAUAAAUAUAAGCUAGUUGUAAUCCAAGUAGAGCGUACAAGCUGUGUUUGGAUGCUAAAGAUCAUUAGUCUAUAAUUUCUUUUUUGUAAAGCAGGGUAUUAUAAGAAAGACAUCAGGAAAGCAGGGUUUAAUGAAAGUUUUGUUUAUGAAAUGCAAUAAUGUUUAGAUUAAUUAAUUACUGUGUUUGCAUUUUUCUUGUAAAUUCUAAACAUGACAAAUCACAUUCUUUGAAUCAUAUAUAUAUAUAUAUAUAUAUAUAUAUAUAUAUAUAUAUAUAUAUAUAUAUAUAUAUAUAUAUAUAUAUAUAUAUAUAUGCUAUGUAAAUAAUUCAGUUUGUGCACUCUAUGCUCAAUAUUAAGGAUAGUAAAAAGAGCCUUUGAGAUGCAACUAAAUUGGCUUUCACUCCAAAAUGCUUCAAAAUCUAUGAAUACUGCUACUUACAGAUUGUGGGAUAUUAAUGCUUAUGUUUAUGGUUGCAAAACAUACAGAUAAAUGCUAUUUGGUCAUCAUCACAUCUGGAAAUCAAAGUGCUGCUGUUCAUUUGUAUGCACAAAUUUAAUAAUAAUAAUAAUAAUAAUAAUAAUACUGAGGGCAUGCACAACCAAUUAGUUUCCUUCAGAUUUCCUUUUUCUUGUCUGCUGAUAUUUCUUCAUGGAUUCAGGCAUAUUUGAAUAAAAAAUGUGACUUUUACAGGGUGAUGCAUUGCUGAUGUACAUAAUUAUACAUACAUGAAAAUGUCUUCAUAUUUUUGUCUUUGCCUGUAUAUCCGUUGACUAUAUUUUCAUACAGUAGAUACUGUACAGUGUUUGGGUCCUUUAUUUGUUUAUUAUAUUUUUGUUGUUGUGUUGAGGGUUUGAUUAAACACCCUUGGUUUGCUAAAUCGCAUGGGAUAUUUUAAUAUAAGGAGUUAUUUAUGUUCAUUACUAUUACACAUUGUUGAGCACUGGACGGACAGCAGUGGAAUUAGACCUCUUAGAUUAUUGCAUGUUUUCUUUUUCUUUCUUCUUUUUUUUUCAGUGGAAACUGCUGGGCUUUUGAUUCUCCAAUGAAAGCAUAAAGUAGAUAUUACAUUCAAAGUAACUGAUGUCUUCUGCAUUUCAGGAGUCAUAAAAAGAAUGGUGGUUGGCUUUAUGUACUAAAAUAUUUUGUUCAGGUGUUUCAGUUUCAAUACAUUUUUGCUACUUGAGCAUAAUAAAAAGAUCUUUGCUGAGGUAAA